AUAUUAAUCACGUUAUGGGGACAUUAUGUCCCCAUAAGGAUAGGUAAACCCGCUCACACACACACACACACACACAGGUUUGUGGGGACCAUCCAUUCGUUUCUAGGAGGAUAACCCUAAUCUUAACAUCAACAACCUUAACCCCCUACCCAGCCCUAACCUUAACUAUAAGUAACCAAACAAAAUACAAGACUGUUGACAUUUUUAGUUUUUUUUUAUGCAUUCACUAAUUUUUAUAAAAUUGAGUUUCCUCUUGCGGGGAUAGAAAAAAAACGGUAAACCGUCCCCACAUCAAAAUAAACAGGUUUUUAAUGACAGUAUGAAGACAUUUGGUUUCCACAAUGUAAUAUAUACAUAACACCCCCUGCACACAUACACACACAAGCAGAUUCUCUUAAUGUCUGAAUAUCUGACAAGAAAGCUAAUUCUAUAAUUCUGUUAAGAAUGUGUGUCAAUUUAAGUAAAAAGCUAGCCAAGACUUUGCUAUAGGCAAACGUUCAUUUCCAUAAAAAUUCCUGAGGCAAAAACACAUGAGCAAUUCAAUGGGAAUUAACUUAAAGAGAUGCAUAAAACUGUGGUAAAACGUGCUGAUGCGUAAACAAAAUAUGAUAAUGCUAAUUUAUAAGGGGAUACAGUGUGCAUUAAAACGGACCGAAAUGUUGUCUGACUAAGGGGGAACAAACAGUAAAUUGUGCUGUUCCAUGUACUGAAAGAUAUUUUGUCUAUUCGUAAUCUACAGAACAUGGUUAGUCCCUACAAAUAUUGUUUUAGAACUUUAUUUUUAACAGUUAUGUCCUAACUCUUAUCUUUUCCACGCAACGCUACUGUGACUGCCUUUUCACCGAAAGCAAAUCUUUAACAGCUUUUAUCAAGCUGUACAACAUCUAUACCUUUCCAGCAAAUUUAAAAAUAUAAUUUAAAAAUUAAUUUUAAGCAAAUCACGUGUCAUUACAAUCCCUGCUUUGAAAACAUGGCCAUUGGUUAUAUGUGCUUAGAAACAUGCGAUAGGUCAUUAAUAUCUCCUAUCUAAUUGGCAUGUUUUUUUCCGUAUCCGUAAUACAGUUUAACGAUAUUAUCAAUAUUAUCAAUCAGGAUGAUAUAAGCUUAAAUAUUUUUAUUAACAACGUGUUAUUGCAUUAUAAGCACGCUGGUUACUACGGACGUAUUUUCAUUCAUAAAAAAAACUCAUCAUCCCGACGAGAAGAAAAAGCCUAAUCGGUAUCGAUAGGAGUCUCUUGCUGAGUAGGAAGGGGUGGGUACACGUCCUCGGAGCACGCCCCCCACCCACCACGGCCACUGCCGUGAGAGAAAAACCUCUAGUCGACUGUACGCCGGCCACUCUUUGCAAUAUGCAUGUCCAUCGGACGUUUCGCCUACCAUUCCUGAUCGCUUUUAAAAGUGUGCUCCCGGUUCUACAAAACCCAAGCUAAGAAGGCUGGAUGAAUCGCCCGCGCACACUGUGAGGAAUACAGCUAUAAAUAUAGCAAACUCACUUUAACAUUGAGCCCUGACUGGAACGGCCGCUACGGUAAUAAAGGGUCCAAUAGCGGGACAACUAUGCAUCUCCUGAUGUGGAAACUGCGUCUUCUUGCAUUACUACCUUACGUCUUAAAUACAGUGGCGAUAACGGGGAGACCGCAGUUAACUCCGAGAAGAGCAAAGAGUCUUGAACAGUUGGCUGCGUAUGAGAUUGUAACUCCAGUGCGAGUAAAUGAAGCCGGAGACAAGUUACCACCUAACGUGCACUAUAAAAGGAAGAAAAGAAGCCUUGACACAGCGGAGGGCAUCUCCAGUCAGUGGGCUCCUUCAGUCCAUUACAGACUCUCCGCUUUUGGGCAGGACUUUCACUUAAACCUCACCUCGGACUCCACAUUUAUCGCUCCUCUUUACACCGUUUCCAUAAUCGGAAUAUCUACCAGAAAUAACCUGACAGACAUGCCAUCAGAUGAAGAGGAGGAUACGGACCUUCAGCACUGCUUUUACAAAGGGCACGUCAAUGCAAAAGAGGAGCAUCCGGCGGUCAUCAGUCUUUGCUCCGGACUGCUCGGGACGUUCAUGUCCCCAGAAGGAGAAUACUUUGUGGAGCCCCUUCACAGCUACAAUGGUGAACAUUAUGAAGAAGAACAUAACAAACCUCAUCUAGUGUACAGAAAGGAUGCCUUGCAUGCAGCCUGGCCCCGGAACGUGACUGAGUGUGACACUUCAGGACAUAAACACAGGCAGAGGAAACAUAAAAGGAACCAGGGGAAGCCGUUUGCCGGAGACAUGCUGGCUGCUCUGGACAGCUUGAGUGAAAGCUUUUCUACUGAUGCUUCAUCCGCGAGGGAAAAUAAGCAAAGGGCUAAUGACAGCAGCGCCUCAGGACCUCACCGGAGAUCAAAGCGCUUCCUCUCCUAUCGCCACUUCGUGGAAGUCAUGCUGGUUGCCGACAGCAAAAUGCUGGCGCACCACGGCAGCAAUCUGCAGUAUUACAUCCUGACGCUGAUGUCCAUUGUUGCUUCCAUAUAUAAAGAUCCAAGCCUUGGAAACCUAAUAAAUAUAGUCAUUGUGAAGCUGGUUAUACUCAGUAAGGAAUCGGAUAAUCUGAAAAUCAGCUUUGAUGCACAGGACACUUUAAGGAACUUCUGCGUUUGGCAGCAAAGGGAGAACCACCCGGAUGAUAACCACUACUCCCAUCAUGAUACCGCUAUUCUCAUCACCAGGCAGGACAUCUGUAGGGCACGGGACAAGUGUGAUACGUUAGGCCUGGCAGAGCUCGGCACAGUGUGUGAUCCGUACCGGAGCUGCAGUCUCAGUGAAGAUAAUGGACUCAGCACAGCUUUCACCAUCGCCCACGAGCUGGGACACGUGUUCAACAUGCCUCACGAUGACAGUAACAAAUGCAAAGAGGAACAUGUGAAGAGCCAGCAGCAUGUGAUGGCCCCCAUGUUGAACUAUGACACCAACCACUGGACUUGGUCCAAAUGUAGCAGGAAAUACAUCACUGACUUCCUUGACACAGGCUAUGGCGAAUGCUUGCUUGAUGAGCCGAUAUCUAGACCAUACGUUCUGCCUCAGCAGCUUGCCGGACAGACAUACAGUGUUAAUAAACAAUGUGAAUUGAUAUUUGGGCCCGGAAUGCAGGUGUGCCCAUAUAUGAUGCAGUGUCGGAGGCUGUGGUGCACCAGGCCAGAAGAAGCUCAGCGCGGCUGCCGGACCCAGCACAUGCCGUGGGCAGAUGGGACCGAGUGCGCAUCGGGCAAGCACUGCAGACAUGGCGCAUGCGUCCCCAGGGAGCAGGAGACCCCCCCUGUAGACGGCGCCUGGGGUGUCUGGAGCCCCUUCGGGACCUGCUCGCGCACGUGUGGGGGGGGCAUCAAGAUCGGCGUGCGCGAGUGUAACCGGCCCAUCCCCAGGAAUGGCGGGGACUACUGUGUAGGGCGGCGUAUGAAGUUCCGCUCCUGUAACUCUGAGCCAUGCUUCAAGCAGAGGAAGGACUUCAGGGAAGAGCAAUGUAGCGCUUUCGAUGGCAGGCACUUCAACAUCAACGGUCUGCCUACAAACGUGCGCUGGGUCCCCAAAUACAAAGGAAUCGUCAUGAAGGACCGCUGCAAGCUCUUCUGCAGGGUGGCUGGGAGCACUGCGUACUACCAACUCAGGGACAGGGUCAUCGAUGGGACCCCAUGCAGUCCGGACACCAAUGACAUUUGCGUUCAGGGACUUUGCAGGCAAGCAGGAUGUGACCACAUUCUGAACUCCAAGGCCAGAGAGGAUAUGUGUGGCGUUUGUGGGGGGGACAAUUCCUCGUGUAAGGCAGUGACCGGGACGUUCAACACCAUCCAAUACGGGUAUAACGUCGUCGUUCAUAUUCCCAGUGGUGCUACAAACAUCGACAUACGGCAGCACAGCUACUUCGAGCGGCCGGAGGACGAUAACUACCUUGCCAUUUCCAACAGUCGAGGGGAGUUCCUGCUGAAUGGAGACUUCGUCGUCAGCAUGUUUAAAAGGGAAAUAAAGGUGGGGGGUGCGGUUUUGGAGUACAGUGGCUCAGAUCAUGUGGUUGAGAGGAUCAACUGCACCGACAAGACUGAGGAGGAGAUUGUUGUCCAGGUGCUCUCUGUGGGUAAGCUGCACAACCCAGAUAUCAGGUACAGCUACAACGUCCCCGUCGAGGACAGGUUCUCCUGGGAUGCCUACGGCCCGUGGCUGGAGUGCAGCCAGCUCUGCCAAGGGAAUCGGCAGAGGAGGAUCGUGUGCAAUCGGGAGUCGGACCGCAUGGAGGUGUCGGACCAGCGGUGUUAUGGGUCGCCGCUGCCCACCACCAUCACAGAGCCCUGCAACACAGAGUGUGAGCUCAGGUGGCACGUGGCACGGAAGGGGGAGUGCUCAGCACAGUGCGGCCCUGGAUUCCGCAUCCUGGAGAUCUACUGCACCAAGCACAGUGACGGGGAGACCAAGAAGGUGGAAGAGCGCUACUGUAGCAACCAGCACAAACCGGGGAACAAGGAGCACUGCAUGGGCGACUGCACCCCCGUGGCCUGGGAGUACUCCCCGUGGACAGAGUGCUCCAAAACCUGUGGUGGGGGGACACGGCGCCGAGUGGCAGUGUGCGGGAAAUCCACCGGUGUCCUUCAAGACGAGAGCAAGUGCAGCCAACAGGACAAACUAACUGUUGAGCCUUGCAACGAGUUCCUCUGCCCUCAGUGGAAGACGGGAGAGUGGUCUGAGUGCCUGGUGACCUGCGGGAAAGGGUCUAAGCACCGACAGACGUGGUGUCAGUUUGGGGAAGAACAUCUGGACGACCAGUUCUGCGACGAUUCCAAGCCGGAGUCGGUCCAGGCCUGUCAGCAGCAGGAAUGUGCUUCCUGGCAGAUUGGACCCUGGGGACAGUGCAGCACCACGUGUGGCCCGGGCUACCAGCAGAGGGUGGUGAAGUGUGUGGUGGGAUCGUACGGGUCUGUCAUGGACGACAUCGACUGUAACGCAGCGACCAGACCCACUGGCACUCAGGACUGUGAACUGCAGCAAUGUCCCGAAAAGCCUCCCACCUUCCAAGAGCCAAAACUGCCACCCCAACCCAUUCACACAACGCAGUGGAGAUUUGGGUCAUGGACACAGUGCAGCGCUACCUGCGGCAAAGGCUCGAGGAUGCGCUAUGUGAGUUGCCGUGACAAUCAGGGGGGCGUGGCCGAGGAAUCAGCAUGUUCCCACCUCCCCAAGCCACCGGCCCAAGAAGUGUGCUCAGUGGUAGCCUGUGGUCAGUGGAAGGUCUUGGAAUGGACACUGUGCUCCGUGACGUGUGGCCAGGGCAAGGCCACUCGGCAGGUGGCGUGCGUGAACUUCAGUGACCAGGCCAUGCACACCAGCGAGUGUGAUCCCGACGAUCGGCCUGUGACGGAGCAGGAGUGCAGCAUGCCCCACUGCCCCACGCGUCCCGACCCUCUGCCCAAAAACCUCUCACUGCCCCCCAGUGGCCGAAGCCAGUGGAGGACAGGACCAUGGGGAGCGUGCACAAAGCCCUGCGGCAACGGGAUGAAGACACGGCAGGUGGUCUGUCAGUCCCUCACGGGGAGGCGCUUUCACGACCUGAGCUGCGACAUCCUAGACAAGCCCCCUGACCGCGAGCAGUGCAACACGGAGCCCUGCCCUUCGAACCCCCACUGGAACGCUGGCCCCUGGAGCUCGUGUUCCGCAGCCUGCGGGAAAGGAUACAGGUACCGCAAAGUGACCUGCGUGUCCCGAUCCGGGAGGCCUGUUCCCGAGGAGAGCUGCCAGAAGCUGCCCCCCCCCAACAGGCAGCGGCGCUGCCGGGGGGGUCGAUGCCCCAAGUGGAAGACUGGCAGCUGGGGAGAGUGUUCCUCCUCGUGCGGCAGAGGGGUGCAGACGCGGGAAGUCGUCUGCGACAUUGCAGAGGAGGGCAGCGCCGAACACUCAGAGUGCCCACUGUCCGCCCGGCCACCGUCCAGCCAGACCUGCCAGGUCGCCGAGUGCCCGGAGACCUACCGCUGGACGGAGGGAGACUGGACAGAGUGCAGCCAGAGCUGUGGGUCGGGGCACCGACUGCGGGAGCCGUUGUGCCUGAAUCGGAACGGGGAGCAGGUGCAUGAUGCGCUCUGCGCAGAGCUAACGAGGCCGGCCGACACGGAGAGCUGCAAUCUCCAGCCAUGUGACUUCCUGUGGAUCACUGGGGAAUGGUCAGAGUGCUCGGUAACCUGUGGACAGGGCUACCGGAGAAGACUGGUGUCUUGCAGUGAAGUGCAUUCUGGGAAGGAUCAUUAUGAAUACGGGUACCAGUCGUCAUUCAGCUGCCCCGGGACGCCGCCGGAAAGCGUGCUGGUGUGCAGCCUGCCCCCCUGUCCUCAUCCUCAGGCCUGGAGGGCCGGGAUCUGGGGACCGUGCUCUGUGACCUGUGGCGAGGGGGUCAGUGAGCGGACCGUGCAGUGCGUGACCUCCGACGGCGAGGACAGCGAAGGCUGCCCCCCCCAGGACAAACCCGAGGGACGCCGGAGGUGCAGUAGCCCUCCCUGCCAUUUAGCAGCCAGCUGCAGUGAGGUCCAGCGGCUAACUGGCCUCCUGCACGACGGGGAGCAGCUGCUCCGCAUCGAGGGGAGGGCGCUGACGAUCUACUGUGCAGACAUGCACUCAGGCAGCCCCAAGGAGUACAUCACGCUGAGGGCGGGCAGCACAGAGAACUUCUCAGAGGUCUUCGGGUUCAGGCUCAGCAAUCCCAUGGAGUGCCCCUACAACGGCACUCGGCGAGAGGACUGCAACUGCCGCAAGGACUACAUCGCGGCUGGCCUGUCAGCCUUCAGCAAAGUCCGGCUAGACCUGGGCAAGAUGCAGAUCAUCACCACCGACUGGCAGUUUUCCCUGACACAGGAAGGCCACCAGGUGCCCUUCGCUACAGCUGGUGACUGUUACAGCGCCGCCCAGUGUCCGCAGGGGAGGUUCAGCAUCAACCUCGCGGGGACCGGUUUUCUCGUGGCUGAGGACACAAAAUGGAUCGCCCAAGGAAACUAUGCGGCAGCAAACAUACAAAAAUCACAGGAUGGCAGCAAAGUGACGGGAAUGUGUGGAGGGUACUGUGGGAAGUGUACUCUGUUCAAUGGCUCUGGCUUGCAUGUCAAAGUGAAGUGAUUCUGGAGCAGACAGCAGACGUCACCGUGUUUUACAAGACCUACGGUGCUACAAUUCAAAGCCUUAUCUCUCGGAAUGACCUCUGUGCCCUGCGACAUGUAAAUAUGUAAACUAGACAUUGUACAAACUGUACAUAGCAAUUUCUGACAUUUUUAUGAAUUAUUUAUGAUACUCACAUUUAUUUUUAUAUGGGUAAUUAUUUAAAUUUUUUAAAUGGGUGGCAGGCUGUCGCAUCAACUUCCACGAAACGAAGCGAACACAGUUUUUGAGUUUCGUUAUAGUCUAACCCCGAAAUUCCAGGUUAGAAUAAACUACUGCUGGAGCUGGCUAACAUAACGAGUCACUCGUGAGGCUCGCUGCGACUGGUGUGGCCGAGAGGAUCAGCCAGUGCACUGCUGCGGAGGUGGGCCUUUACCGCUGCGUUAGUAGGUGGGCCUUUACCGCUCGGGGGAAGGGGGGUGUUUGCAUGGUGAGCAGCAUAAUCUGCUUGUUGAGUUACAGGAGCUGUUGUCUCUUCUUUAGGCAGCUGUGAGUAGUUUGGCACCCAGGUAACCUUUAUCGAUCUGUGCAAAACCGAGGCGCAUGAAAUGAGGCAGAGGGCCCCAGUCAGGCAUCAGCCGGGACGGGCCUGUGGGAUGCUCGAUUAUUUUCACUGGUUAUGAUUUCUGAGUGGUGAGAAACGGACACUUAGUGAUAUUUUAAUUAACUACAGGGCUGCUGGAUGUGGGCUUCUCUCACCAGCUAUGAUUUUCUAGUGAUGAAAGCGAUUCAGUUAAGGGCAGGAAUGGUGUGUCACAGUACCACUGCAAGCUCACGUCCAUCCAUCAUACUAAGGUGCGCGUCAAACUGCACACUGUUCUUUUUGUAUCACAGUACCAGUUGACCAGUUAACUGUUUUUUCAUUGUAAUGUUUCAUAAGAUGACAAGUUCAGUGUGGUUAAUUCACUAUUGUUUUAUUGUUAAAGGAAAAACAAUCAGGGUACUUUUUUCAUUCUGUGCAUUCUUUUUUAUUUUUUGAAAGGCAACUGUUUCUGAGAGUCAGCGAUAACUGGCUCAGAUUUAAUAAGCCACACGUACAGCAGUUGGCUUCUUCUUUUGUCCAUUUUACUUAUUAGCUGUGUGGGUAGCUGACCUCCGCUGUGGAGUCGAGAUACAUUUCAUGUACUGGGAGGGAUUUGCAUGGAGACGCUUGUAGGGUUACAAGUUACCAAGGACUGAGAAAUGGAGAGCCCACAGAACCAGGGGACUUCUUCAUAUGACCAGGCGAAUACCUCACACGACCAGGCGAC